AUGGAGAGAAGUGCCCAGGCCUUAGACUAUGACAGUGAUGAAACAGUGAUUGAGGGGUCAGUGACAGAGAACGAACUGGAAGAUGAGGAGCUGCCCUGGAGAAGGUUGCUCUUGAAUCGAGACACAUCUUUGAAAUCUGAGUUCUGUUUUCAUUCUGGUGUAAAUGGAAUGUGGAAAGGAAAUAUUCCUUCCCCUGUGAUUCAACUUGGGCUCAAACUCGGGAAGGACUCAGAAGAACAAAAGGAUAAAAACGAGGUGAUACCCACUCUUAGUGAGGACGGAGUAUUACAGGAUUUCCAAGAUGAAGCAACACAAAAUCAAAUUCUGUUACAAACUAGAAAAGAAUUCCCAGCAUUCUCUGUGUUAUUUCCUCACCCUGAAGUUUUAUGGAGCCACCAAAAGACUAGAGGUCCUGAGGUUGAAAAUUGUGAAAAUUUGCCAUGCCCAGAAAAGGAACUAAGUGAAAACACAGAUUCCCCUGAAAUUAGUCUUCUCUCAGGUACUUCACUUGUGGCAUCUGAUUUGGUUAUACUAAAGGAGAAAUCAUUAGCUGAGCCAGUGAAGACCUUAGCUGUACCAAAUACAUUUUCUGAGACUGGAACCAAAGAUGAAGAAAGCUCUCUUGAAACAUUUGUGUCUUCUUUAGAAAGGUUACUAGAAUCACCAGAAGGAACCCAAGAAGAAACACUGCUUGAAAUAGUGAAUAACUUAAAUCCUCAAGAGUUAAUGAACCCAUUGAGCGACUCCUUGAGUUCUGUAUCAGUCCCUUUGAAUGCUUUGCCAGCAUGUUAUAGAGAUGUACUAGAAAACAUGAAGGACAAUGACGCAUUGCCUGCUGAGUUGCUGGCAGCCAUCAACACAUUACCAGGUGGUGAUGUAGGACCUGGACCUGUAGGACCCAUCUGUCAAGGACAAGAGAAAAGCAGCAGUGUUAGUGAUGGAAAUGGAUGUUUAGAAGUACAGCCUACCAUGUCUCAGAUAGACGAAGACUGCACACAAAUAACACAGACUAUAGAAGACCCAAAACCAUUUAGGUUUCAAAUAAUGACUCAUGAAAAUGACACAUCUUAUGAGCAACUAAACAAUCAGGGAAAUUCAGAACCUAUGGAAAAUACCUCUGUCCAGGAAACACCACAUGUACUAAGAAGAUCAUCUAGACUAAGACUGAAAAAACUGAAAGAAAGCAGAGCUGUGGCACAUACAGAUAUUAUGUUGAAGAUACCAGAAAAGAUUUUAUCAAAACCACUUAGUUAUGAGGAUCAAACAAAUAGCAUAUUUGCCACUGAGAAUUUCAGUAAACAGAAGAAUAUUCAUUCAUCUAGAUUCAACAGUGAACAGAUACAGAAAAAUGAACAACUUAAAAUAAAAUGUGCAUGUGGAGAUCAGUGCUUCUCUACUUCCACCUCCAUAUGGGUUCCAGGGAUUGCACUUGGGUACCAGGCUUGUUGGACAGCACUUCAUGAAGCUAGUGUAGGAGGAUUUUAUCAGACAGUAAGUGAACUAUUAAAGGGUGGAGCAGAUGUGAAUGUCAAAGGAAAGUACCAGAUUACUCCCCUACAUGAUGCUGUGAUGAAUGGACAUUAUAAGGUGGCAGAGUUACUUCUCUUGAAUGGAGCUGACCCAUUAUUUAGAAGUGACCAUGGAACAUGUGCUUUGGAUGAGGCCAAGGAUUCCUUUAUGGAGAAUCUCCUUAAGAAAUACAUUCCCAAACAUAAAAAAUGUCACCUAUCAGAUCAAAGGAAGAGCACUGACCCAUCAUAUGCAGAAGAUAUAUUCCAGUACAAGAAACCAAAAUUAAGUUCUAAUAAUCACACUGACUUUAUCUGUGAUGAAAAUUCUAAUAGACAGGAACCAGGACAUGUAGAAACCAAUAAAGAAAUCAACAAUUUACUUGUAAAUAAAGAAUAUGUACAUGAAUUUCAUCAGAAAAAUUCCAAUACCAAAGAAUUUGGCAAUUCCAAGCCUAGGCAGUCAGCUGUUAACCAAACAGACUCUGCAGGACUCCAAAGGAACAAUGCCCACAGUGUGAACAAUAGCAGAACUGAUGUGUCUAAAAGUAAAGGACCAAGAAAUACACAAAAUAAAAAAACUCAAGUAGAUGAUAGAGACUGCAAUCUAAGUCAGGGAGUAGCUGUUUCUUCUUUCGGGAGGAUGAAUAAAUUAGUUACUCUGCAGCAGCAUACUGUCCAAACCCUUGAUGACCUUCCAAAAGAGUCAUGUGAACUUUCUAUCCCAAUUCCAACAAGCUUAAAAAAUGGUUCAGGUAACAGCGAUGAGGCUUGUUUGAUUUCCAAAAAGGCGAAUACCCACAUUCUGGAUUUAUCGGUUAGUCAAGAAAUGCAGUUCUUGGAAUUAGGGUCCAUUGAUCAAACUAAAGCUGCUUCCUUCUCUGAACUUCCAUUAUAUGAAGAAAUAAAAUUACCACAUGUAACUGCAGAUCAACCUAACACUAACCAAGAGCAAUGCAAUAGCCCACGUAAUCCCCCUGAAAACAAUAGAUCAGAAAAAGGCAAGAACCUUAAUGAGUGGGAAGAUUCCUUCCUCUCCUUCAUAAAAGGACACUUUGCUGACAGUGACAGUGAUGGUCACACCUCUGUCAAGUCUGUGGCAUCUCAGAAAGAGUGCAUGGGCCACUGCCAUAAUGAAGCAAGCACAGCAGAGGGAGAAGAAAUGGACUCUCUACAGGUUUUAUCUUCUGAAAACUAUUUUUCACAGGAAACCGAGCAAAAAGCAGGUAGCCUAACUACAUAUCCACAAGAGGAAGCUGUUAAUUAUUGUGAUUCAAAUAAAUCAUUAAUUUAUGAACAACAUUUUCCAAAUUAUAAUUGUAUACAUGGAAUUGCUUUUGAUCACUCAUAUGCCAAUACUGAGUACAAUUGGAUGCCUUGCACAAGACCACCUUCAACACAGAAAGUUACACAGGUGACUGGUCAAGUGGAGCUGUUAAAAGCAUUCCAGAAUAAUGCCCACAGAGAACCAACUCCUUUAGUAAAUCAAGCUGAUACAUUUAAUGUGGAAAAGAAGCAAGACACUGAGAGGAAUUAUACUGUAAAAGGCCAAAAACCAAGUCCUUCAAAUAGUUCUUUACACACAGUUGUUCAUUCUCAAGUAAUAGAAAUACCUACAGAUGAAAAAAGGACACAAGACCUUCCAGGGAGCAAGCCCGUCAACAAUACCGAUUUUCAUUCCACUGACAAUGUGAAUAAAGAAUUGGCUAGCUCCUCACCACAACUUAAUGAAGGAGAGGAGAAGGAAAUUGCUCACAAAUCAGAUGCCAGCACAACUGGAAUCAAGAAGAGGAAUGCCAAAGGAGAGAGCCAGCUGCAUGUGGCUUCCAGAGAAGGAAAUCUGCCCCUAGUGAAAGUUCUAAUACAGUCUGGAGCAGUUGUGAAUCUAAAAGAUAAUGCAGGUUGGACACCCCUUCAUGAGGCGUCUAGUGAGGGAUUUGGUGAUGUAAUUACAGAGCUCUUAGAAGCUGGUGCACACGUAAACUGCGAAAGCAUGGAUGGAACCCUGCCUUUACAUGCUGCUGCUGCAGGGAGUCAUUUAAAGGCAGCUGAGAUACUCCUAGAACAUGGAGCAAACCCUAAUCAGAAAGAUCAGAAACAGAGGACUGCUUUGGAAGAAGCAGAUGAUGAAAAAAUGAAAGAACUACUAAAAUCUUAUGGUGCUGUUGAGACCAGUAAUGGAAAUGAGAUUAGCUCUGCAGUGACUGUAAAACGUCCUGCUAUCCAACCAAAAAGAUACAAGUCACAUUCUUGUGAUGAUGAAAAAACAAUUGAUCCUCCUUCCCCUUUACAUAAAGUGAAGAGUAGUGAAAGUCUUCCUGCGCAUCAGACUAUCAGUGCUAUUCUACAAGAUAUAGAAGAAAAGCAAGAAAAGUUACUAAAAUUUGAAAUAGGAAACUCUGAAGAUGCAGAACAAUACAUUGGAAGGAUGUUAGAGAUAAAAGAAGUUAUGGAUAAUAUACUUGCUCAACAGAAGACAGAAAGGGAUGAUCUAGCUAAAAAAUACAGGGUAUCCAUGGAGUCGUUUAAGCAUGGGGCCCUGAGAGAACAACUGGCUAACUUGGCCACAAGACAAAAGAGUCUUUUAGUUGUGGCAAAGAAACAGAAAAAGAUAAGACUAAGAAUUCAAAACUACAAGAACACGAAACCAUUUUCUGGUUUUAGUUUAAGGAAACCACCAUCUAGCUCAGACGUCUCUAGUGAGAAGAAGAACCAAGAGUCUUCUAGUCUAGAAAAUUCAGUACAUCCCCAGUCAAGCUCACUUUCUCCUGUCAGUCUCACUUCUAUUUCUCCUGUGGAUAGAAGCAUGGAAGAAAUACCAUUGUCUGUGGAAAUACAGAAGGACAGUCAGAAGAGUAACAUUUGUUUAGAUGCAAAGGCAAUGAGAAAAGAAGGAUUUUCUGGAAAUGAGAUGAAUUCUAAAGAAAAUGUCCAGGGUUGUGCCUUGGAUGGGUUAUUGAAAUCCAGACACUCAGAUGGCACUGAGAAAAUUAAAUUAUCAUCCCAGCCUGUUGCUUUUAUUCCUCAAGGAGGAAAUUCACAGGCAGAAAGUAGUUUUACAGAAACUAUAGUCAAAGGCUACAGACUUGAUAGUUCUCCUGCAGUGACUGGCACUGUAAAUAUUCCAGAAGAUAAAAGGGUAUUUUCUCAAAAUGAUGCCUGUCUACCAACUGUUCCUCAGAAUCAGGAACUUCCCCGUUAUCCAAAAAGAUCAAACAAGAAAACAGCUUCUCAACCACCAUCUGAGGAAGCAUCAGAACCUCUGGCUCAUCAAAUUACUACUGUCUUAGACACUGAUACUGUGCAGACAAAGCCAUGUCCUAAAAAAACAGCUUCUGUUGUGGCACAUGCAAACGGCCUUCAGAUCUCUCCUUCUUCUGGGUCUUCCUAUCAACAUUCAGUUAAAAAGCCUUCACACCACAGCCCAGUUUCUAAAAAGAAAAACGUGCAGCUGAAAGAUUUGAUAUUACUUGGAAGAAUUAAUCCAGGAAAUGACAUUCUGGAAUUCAAAACACAGGAGACUACCCACAAGGCCAGUAUUUUAUUGAGUGGUAAACUUAAGGUAGAAAAUGGGAAGAUUUACCAGAACCCAGUUUCCUGGCUCAAGGAUCUUCUGGGAGGUGGCAAUUGUGUGACCUGGAAUUAUGCUUGGAGUAAGGUAACAUAUCUUGGAACGGAGCUUCUAAAGUAUGUUUCUGAAGUGCCUGUUCCACCAGAACCCCAUAGCACACCUCAGCAACAGCAGCCUUGCCUCCCAGAAGUUCAUUGCUUCAAUGAUUCAGUAUAAGAGCCAAGUAAAUCGGUGUUUAAGAAAACAAAAUGGGGAAAGGGCACUCCCAGGAAGUCAAUGCAAAGCAUCCCUCCUUAUCUACAGAUAAAAGAAAUACUUUUAAUCAGUGAUCAGGAGUUUCUGCCACGCCAUGUAAUGGAGCAACACUGGAAGUUCUAUGUGAACUGUAAGAAGCCACCAUUCUGA